AUGACCUUCCAUCCUGACAGUCUACCUGAUCUUACCGGCAAGGUAUACGUUGUCACUGGUGGUAACGCUGGCAUAGGAUACUACACGGUUGCUCGGCUUGCAGAACAUGGCGCGCACGUCUACCUAUGCGCACGUUCCCCUACCAAAGGCAACGCCGCCAUUGACGGCAUCAAAGCCCUCUACCCACAAGCACACAUCACUCUCCUACAGAUUGACCACAUGUCUCUCUCGUCUGUCGUAGCUGCCGCCAGGACCCUCCUCAAGAGAGAAUCAAGCCUCCAUGGCCUCGUCAACAACGCCGGCAUCAUGGCGACACCGUUUGAGAUGACCUCAGAUGGCUACGAAGCACAGUGGCAGACCAACUAUCUCGCCCACUGGCUGUUUACUUCCCACCUGAUACCACUGAUGUUGAAGACGUCCAAGUCACUCUCGCCAGGAAGCGUACGCAUUGUGAACGUAUCAUCUGGGGGUCAUAAUAUGGCACCGAAUGGGGGUAUCGAUCUUUCCGACACCGCCCUGGCCAGCAGCAGCCCCCUGACCCGCUACGGCCAGUCCAAGCUGGCCAAUAUCCUCCACGCUAAGGUGCUGCACAAGCUCUACGGACCUGGUUCACCUAGUUCCAAAGCUGGCACUGGCGAGAUCUGGACUGCGGUGCUUCAUCCAGGUGUCGUCGGCACCAACCUGGGGGACAACGCAGUGUGGCCCUUCGGGGUAAAGACGCUGUUCUCGUGGUAUACAGCCUUAGGUGGCCCGCUCGAUCCUGACAAGGGGUCCUGGAGCAGCGUGUUCUGUGUCGCAAGCCCGGCUAUGACAAAGGACCAGAGUGGGACGUAUUUUUUGAAGUUCGCCAAGAAAGGGUCGGAGAGCGCGUUGGCCAAGGAUAUGGAGCUGGCUGCGAGGCUAGAGGAGUGGACGAAGAAGGAGUUGUUGGCCAAGGACGAAUGGGCUCCGGCUGGGACCGGCAUGAAGUCUUCCUGA